AAUAACCAUAUUUUGUGUUUAAACCUGUGUAAGGUUAUGUUUUAAUAUUAACGUCAGUUCAGUUCGUUUUGGUUAAGAAACACGUGUUGUUAUAAGUAAAUAUGGCUAAGAGUUUGAGGAGUAAAUGGAAGCGCAAGGGUCGUGCUCUGAAGAGAGUGCGUUAUGGCGAAAAGGAAUUAGCUAGGUUGAAGAAGACGCUGGGCAUUGACGAAAAUAACAAAGAACCAAACAUGGACCAAGUAUCAGAGAUAGCAACAGUUGUUGAUGGUAAAACAGUAUCUGAGCCUAAAGCAGAUGGUGAUCAAAUGGACACUACUCGUGAAAUAAAGGAGAUCUAUGAUCCAAAGACAUACAAGGAUAAGAAUGGCCAAUACCCAGUUUGGAUGACAAACAAACAGAUCAAACAGUUGAAAACACAAACACAGAAGAAAAAGAAAAUACAGAAGAAGAAACUGUUGAACAGGAAGAAAUGAAGAAAAGUAUAUUUAU